AUGCCUCCGGGCUCACAAAAAGGCACCAGCAAGAAGAGCGGCUCGGCGCUGCCAAAGCCGAGUCGCACUUCGACACCGCAGCCACCACAGCCACCGACAGGUAGUCUACCCGAACAGAAGGCGUACGACCCCGACUACCUAAACACUCGCGUCGUUCUACUAGAGAGCAACCUUGCUUAUGAGGAUCUGGUUGACUCUGUGUCGUCCAAUGCUGCGGUACCGGACUCGCGUGGCAUCGAUGCGCUCCUCGCCAAGCUCAAGGACCUAUCCUCGGUCAUUGAGAAGCGCACCAAUUUUUACGAUCGGGGCAUGCGCUUUCUGGCUGAUGAGCGCAAGAAACGACCGGAUGACUAUGUGCCAGAGGACGAAGGCAAACGGCCCAAGCACAAGAAGAAGAAGACCUCUGAAUCACUAGUGCCUCCCGAGGUUGGGGGCACUGGCAAAGAUGGCCGACCUUCCAACCGUGACACCAAGAGAAAACAUUCACGAGAACCAAGCUCCUCGCUGUCCCCGGUCGCAGGGCGAUCGCCCUCGGCGAUGGACGUGGACACGAAGGAGAAAAAAGACGAGGAAGAGGAGAAGACCGAAAAGAAGGAGGACGAAGGAGAGUCAAGUUCAGAGGACGAAGGCGCGCCGCCUCGGCGAGAGAUGCCUGCGCACCAGACCUUUGGCGAAGAUCCUUCAACGUUCCCUGACCCAACCAUAUAUGAGAUUCGCGAGAUCAAACCAGAAAUGACAGAAGAGGAAAAGAAGGAGAUUUACUCGGUCGCUGGGUAUCCCGCGAGCGAUCUAGCCGACCUUAUCGCUGGCGACCCUCCAGAUAACGACUACAGUGUCGCCAAGCCUACGUCGCAGAUCAACUUUUCGACCUUUUCGUCAUACGUGGAGCCCUACUUCCGGCCGUUUUCUGAGGAGGACCUGGGAUUUUUGCGCGAGCGAGGAGAUCGAGUCACGCCCUUCCUGAUGCCAAGGCAAGGGAAGCGCCACUACACUGAGAUCUGGGCCGAGGAAGACGGGGGCAUGUCAAUGGACUCGCCCGACCAGAUGGACCGACUGCCAGCAAACAUGCCUCGAGGCACCAUAGAAAACAUGAACGACACUGUUGCCGAAACAGACGGGCUGUCGAUUGGGCCGGUCGCUGCGAGGUUACUGCAAGCUCUGCGGCCUGAGAACCGCGCACCUGCCGAGGAGAAGCCUGCGACUAAUGGCGCGACGAACGGGGAUAUUGUGAUGAAUGGCGAUCCGAACGGCGAGGAAUCAACAGAGAACGGCGCCAAUGGGCCGAAUGGCGAGAAGGCCAAGGACCCGAUUCCUCCAGCGACCUUUAUGGAUGAUUCGACCAGUGAAGCAUGGAAGAAGGCAACAUACCCCAAGCUUGACUACAACCAGGUGGACGAGCGGCUGAAGCAGGAGUUGCGGCACAUUGGUUUCCUGCCCCCGGACGGAGUGGAGCCAGACUACGACGGCGCAUUCGACGACGAGGUCGCUGGGCGCAUCCGCACGCUGCAAGAACGUCUCCGUGAGCAGAUGCUCAUCAACGGAGCGCGCAAGUCCAAGCUCACCGAGAUCAUCCGCGAGCGCAUGGCGCACCAGGAGUACAACACGAUCCUGGAGGAUCUCGACACCCAGGUGCAAGCGGCAUACACCAAGCGCACGCGCACCAUGGGCAAGAGCAAGAAGGCGAAGCGGCCGGGCGGCGCGGGCGGGGGCAGUCACUUUGUGGGUAGCGGCGCGCAGGGCACGGCGCGACCCGGCAUUGGUGACUUGACCAAGACGCUGAUGGAGCGUCGCAAGAAGUGGAUUCGAACGAUUGGAGGUAUCUUUGACGACGAGACGUUGGCCAAGGUGCCGCGCCUGUCGGAUCCAGACAGCUCCGUAUUCAAGCCAGCGGAGAUGGGAGAGUACCUCAAGAAGGAGAAGCAACAGUGGGACGAAGAAGUGGAGGAUGAGUAG